UCUGUGGAAAUGCUUCAGUGUGCUCGAAACUUGCAACAACUAAAGAUGUUCAAGACUUUGUUGGUAUUAAGUUGCUGCGUGGCUGUUUGCCUUUGUGCGGUUGCAAUUGAACCACCAAACCCAAAUGCUGCCAAAGGCACCUGCGUCUCAAAGCAGUGGAAUCUCACUUUGAAGAGUGGCGAAAGUAAGCAGGUUCCCAAAGAAUGCGCCCAACUGACAUGCCAAUCCAAUGGAAGUAUCCAAUACACCAGCUGUGGCGUAGCUGUGAAUUCCAAGGGCGAAAGGUGCUCUGAAGAUUUAUCCAAACCUUACCCAGAUUGCUGUCCCACUUGUUAAUAUGUAAAUAAUAUUCAUCUUGUUGACUUUCAAAUUAAUAAAAACUUGCUUUAAAUAUACUGAAA